UUUUGGUAGUCUUCAAUAAAUCAGAUUUUUCUGAGAGAGAGAGAGACGAGAAGUAGGGUUGAAAAUGGUGGGAGAAGAAGAACAGAAAAUAGUAUGUAACGAUGGUGAUAUUCUAAACGCAAAAUGGGAUGCUUGUAUAGAUUUAAGUCUUCGUCGAGUUUUUUACACUUCGGUCGCCGGAGCUGUCAGCUCUCUCGUUCUAUUUAGGGGUCCUGCAUCUCGAUGGGCAGCUUUAGCAUUUGGUGCUGGUGUGGGUAUUGGAUCAGCUUAUACAGAGUCUUCUAGGAUACUUGAAGGGUCUCUUCCUAAUUGGACUUCUAAAGCUGCACUACCUCCUAAUUCUAAGGAUGAACAAAACUGAGAUACGCUGUCAGAAAGGGUGUGAAAAUUUACUCCAAUUGCAGAAUCUUAUUACGCCAUUAUUGUAACCUGAGAUUGAUGGUGUAAUAGUGUUCAUUCUGCUCUCAGAUACUUACCGAGUCGGUAUAUUCUUUUCCACCCAACUAAAAUAACGUAUUUGUAGAGAAGAAAUCUAAUUGACAUCUUUCAUUUAUAUGUCUAAUUAGAUACUAAACAUUAGAGGCUUCGAUUUCUUUAAAUGUUUGAGUUUCUUUAUGUUUCACUAUUUUUUCAUGAGAAAUCCUAUAUACAUUCUUAAAUGAAUUGUGCUAUAAUGUUCUUUUCA